UUAAAAUGAUGAUAUGCCUGUGAAACAAAUGAGAAGUAUGAAAAAAGAGGAAGUGAGAGGCCAUGGUCUAUUUUGAUGUUCCAGCAAAUGUAAAUUACUUUAAAUGCUUCAACCCUGAGAAGUUGAUCUUUACUGCACACUCAUUGGAGUGUCUUGACAAACUAGAGAACAGUCUCUAAAAUACAGAAAUCGAUCUAAAAUCUUCAGGAAUUAGUUAUUUUAAUUCACCAGGGUUAAAAAGUUUGCAGGAAAAAACAGCUUUACUGAACAAGUCUGAUCUUCUGUUGCAUCUCUUGGACGAGGCAAGAUAAAACAUGCAGUUUUUCUCUUUUGUUAUUUUCAAAAACCUUUUGACAUGUGUGCUGUGUUGGGUGUCUGAAAAAUGUUUUGUCUAUGAAGAUUACUUGGAUGUAAAAUUAGUAGGGAACUGUCCAAAAAGUAACCUAACAGGAUAUUGUAGAGGCGUCUCCAACGUGGCACUCGAUCUUGCUGGGAUUCCACCCCAUCUUGAGGUCCUCUGUGUGGACCUUAUGAAGGAUUCAAGUCUGCAUCCUUAUUCUUUCUCAAGGUUUCAGAAACUCAUGAAGUUAAAAAUCUUUGGAAAAAUCUCUGCCGUCCACCCUAGAGCAUUUAAAAAUCUUUCAAGUUUGCAAAGUCUGGAAAUUGACUGCUCACAAUAUUUAAAUCUCUCACUUUCGUCUGAGAUUCUCAAUGACCUUCAGAAUGCCACAACUUUUUCAUUCAUCAACUGCAGGCUCUCAUCCAUGGCAACAGACGUGUUCAAAGGAAUGAAGAAGUUAGAACAACUCGUAUUCAUAAACAGCAUAGACGACUUUUCUGAGUUGUUAUGCAGAUUAACAUUUGUGUCAUCGUCAUUAAACUAUUUAUAUGUGAAAUCUGAGAGUUUAGUUAUUGACAGGCCAAAUUGCACUUUUUCUAAUGGGACUUCAUUUGAUGUUAUGUUUCAUGGAAUUGAGAAGGUCAGUCUUAUUCUUCUUCCCGUUAGACUAACAGAUAAAACUGUGUUGAAAUACUUCAAGAACAUUUAUAUUUUAGCAAUAAAAUUUACUGAUUUUGAAGUUUUAAAAUCUGAAAUUACAAAAGUGGAAAAUUUAAUAGUAAGAUAUUCCGAGAAGUUAAGCAGCUUUGAAGAAAUCUGUGAAACUGCCCAUGAACUUUUGUCGACUGCAUUGAGUGUACAUUUCUUAUAUAUAACUGAUUCUUUUGUGCUCAAUUUAGAUAAAUGCAUAUGGCUUGAAAGCUUUGAAAUAUCUGCCAGUGAUAAUACAGCUAAAUCAAUUAAUUUAACAUUCAUCAGCGUUCUGAGAAACCUUGUAUCAUUAACGAUUCAUUGGAGGCUUACGCCAGAGAGUAAAAAUAGAGAUAGGGCUUUGGCACUGUGUGAAAAUCAGACUGAUCUUGUCACAAAACUCAAGACAGUGAGCCUUUGUACAAACAAUUUCCAAAAUAUCAGCUACCGACAUUUUAGUUGCCUGCGAGAGCUUGAGGAACUGCAAUGGGUGAACAGUGACAUUGAACAUAUUGAAGAUUUUACAUUUAAUAAUACAUGUUUGCUUAAAACUUUGGACCUUAGUAAUAACAAAAUAUCUCAACUUACAAAAUAUACCUUCUUCGGUUUAUCUAACCUAAAAACUCUCCUAAUUAAUGACAAUAAGUUGCUUCUCAUUGAGCCAGUGACUUUACUUCAUUUAACAUCUGCAGAGUUUGUAAGUUUGGGAGUCUUUCAGUAUCCCUCCUCUGAACCUUCAAAGAUCUGGAUCAACCUCAGUCUUCCUGAAAAUCUGACUAAGUUGUACAUCAGCUCUGGAUUAAAACCAAUGACCCUUCUUUUAAGCAAGAGCAGGAAUUCUGAAGCGGGCCUCAGCCUGCAUGUUUGUGGCCAGUCUGUGACUUUUCAGGAUUGUGACAAUACGCUUUUCAAAUCUCUUGUCCAUUUAACUGCAGAGACAGAGCAGUUGCUCUGUGGUCAGUCUUUUCCUGGUCAAUUCCUCAAGUCUCUGAGACAUUUUGUGAUCAAAGCAAAUCACAAGACAGCACAAAUGGACUGGACUGAUUUGAACCAACUGGUCAACCUGAAGAGUCUGAUCUUUUUUAAUGUAGAUUUGUCUCAUCAGUCUGGUCUUGAUAUGAUUUUUCAUAACCUCUCAAAUUUGGAGUAUCUACAUAUUUCUUUAUGGUCAGUAACUUUUUUCAACAAAGACCUGACCAGAGACCUGCAGUCACUAAAAGUGCUAUUUUUACAUGCAGAUGAUGUGUUCAGUGUGAUGGAAAACUUUGUAGAGCCCCUGAAAAACCUUCGAUAUCUUAUCAUGGAUAAAGCACUUCUAUACUGUAGCUGUGACAAUGCUUGGAUUACCAAUUGGGCAAAGUAUCAACAGAGUGUUCAGGUGUAUUUCCCUGGGAGCUCACUGGAAAGUCUGCCAUGUAAAACUGCACAUGGAAAACAGUUUCUGCAUAAGUAUGCUCAAGACCACUGUUUAACUGAUAUCGACUUUCUCCUUUUUGCCUCCACCUCUCUGGGACUGGUGUUCUUCAUGCUGGUAGUGCUGCUCCAUCAGCUGGCUGGAGAUUAUCUGCUUGCUUUCUUUCACAUAGCUCGUGCCUGGGUAGAGGAGGCCAUGAGGGCAAACAGAAAAGGACAUUACCACUUCGAUGUUUUUGUGUCCUACUGCGGGAAAGAUGAGCGCUGGGUAGUGGAUGAACUUCUCCCCAACCUGGAGAAACGUGGACCCCCUUUCCUCAGGCUUUGCCUGCACAGCAGGGACUUUGAGCUAGGAAAGGACAUUGUGGAGAACAUCACGGACAGCCUCUACAGAAGCCGACAUACCCUCUGCCUGGUUAGCCGCAACUACCUUCGGAGUAAAUGGUGCUCUUUGGAGAUGCGUUUGGCAACUUACAGAUUACUGGCUGAACACAGGGACGUUCUUGUUCUGGUGUUCCUGGAGGAGGUUCCUCAUCAACUCUUAAAUGUACAUCAUAGACUGUCCAGGCUGGUGAAGACCCGGACCUACAUAGACUGGCCACAAGACCCAGCUCUGCAUAAUGCAUUCUGGGAUAGACUAUGGACAAAGCUUGCACCUGAAACUGCAAUAUAGAUUCAAAUAUAUUAAUGUUUUAACAUAAGAUGCACCUUACCCAGUGUAUUAUAUCUUCCCCAAUUAUGUAGUUCCUCAGCAAAAAAUUGUGGCAUUUUGUAGCACAUUUCCAAGAAAUUAAAUCACUCAUUUGGGCCGGUGGGACUUUCAUUUUAUCCAUCAGGGCGUUCUAAAUCACAUGGACAAACUAGCCUGCAACUUACUGUACUAUUGGA